ACAUGACAUACUGUUGAGUACGUUUAUGUUGUAGAGAUGGAUUUGAAGUGAUCUGCAUCAUUACACUUGUCUGCAAUACAUUGUGUAUUUUAUUGUGUUCUGUGUAUUUUUAUUAUGUAUCGUGAUUUUAGCUUUGUACUUUUUACAUGGUAUGUUGUAUAAUGCAUACAAGAGACCGUCACAGUCAAAGACUUCGACAAAUUCAAAUGUUGACCUGAUGGUGGCGAAGUCAAAGGACCAAAGUUACCACAGUUCAUCCUGAGGGGAACGUGAACGUCUGAAACUAUUUAUAUGUGAAUAUUUGUUGAGAUAUUUGAGCAAAAAAGAGAAGAAAGGAAGAGACAGUCAUGUUGAUGUGAACAUGAGAGAAACACUUGGUGGAGCUGAAACAUGAUCCUGGUUCAUCAUUUGGACUCGUUCACCUCAGCUGACACAUUCAACAGCAGACAGGUUUUUGUACCAGUCUGUUUCACUGUGAGAGGAAAGUACUACUACAUCUUUGGCUCUGGAACUAAACUGUAUGUAACAGCUUCAGAUGAGCCGGUAGUGAAGCCCGUGGUGAGCGUGUACCCAGCAGCAUCCAGAGCCCACCUGGAGGGGAAGAGCUCCCUGCUGUGUCUGGCCUCAGACAUGUCUCCUCCUCUGGUCCAGUUCUCCUGGAAAAGACAGAAGCAGGAUGGUCCUCUGGAGGAGCUGCCCCCUGCUGAGGGAGAGCAGCUGGAGCUCAGAGGGUCGGGUCGCGCCGCCGCCAUCAGGGUGGUUGACCGGGACGCUUUCUACACAUAUAAAUACCGCUGCUACGUCAGGCACGAGGGGGGCACAGUGGCGGCCCAGACAGAACAAGUGGUUCCCCUGGAUCCUCUCCAGCCUCAGUGCAGGGUGAAGCUGCUCUGUCUGCUGUACACAGCGCUGAUAGUGAAGAGUCUGGUGUACUGCUGUGGACUCUCUCUGAUCAGGAUCCUCAGAAACAAGGGACCAUCCACCAGUGGCACACAUGCCGACUGACUGUUUUCUGCUUUUCUGCCUUUUCUCACCAUCAGUUCAUCUCAUUCAUCACGUAGAAGGACUGUUUUCAUUCACAUGUUAGAUACAGUCAGUCUAAAAAUAAUAAAUACAUAUGUCAUAUACAUAUAUUAGCAGUUACUAAGUUUAAAUUGUGUACUAUAGUGUCAUUGUAAUACUCUAUAUCCACUUUGGGACAAUAGGGACUCGUACAUUCAUAGGAAAUUAAGCUGAAUCAUUAGGUGUCUGGUAAAUAUUCUGUUGUUGUUAGUAUUUUUUCGGUUCUUAUGUUUUUUUUUUUUAAUACUUUCUGCAGAGUGUGGCCAGUUUGCCAAAUUCAAUCACUGUAACAUUCUCAAU